ACUCGUGGGAAGACUUUGAACGCCGCGCCACCGGUGUGCUGUGAUCACUUCCGUAAACACGCGGGUCUCUUCCUCUUGUGAAAAUGGAGCUCACACAUGCGCGUGCUGCGUUACUGCACAGACGGACAUUUGUUUUCAAAACAGUGUAGAAACUUUAUCAGAAAAACAUUAACGCUAUCUCAAACUUUCGACUGUUAACGACCUCACCGGACAAAAACAUGAAAGCGCCGCGUGCCUUCCUCUUCAGCUGUUAGCACGAGCAGUUUCCACGAGCGCAGUCAGACAUGGAGGUGGACGGUCGGGACUUUCUGAACACUCCUCCCAUGAAGACGGUCAGGUUCGGAGGCAGUGUGUCGGAAACGUUAGCCAAACAGAAACAGGGAGACUCUGGAGACUACGAGCUGCUGAAACAUCAGCUGUCUGAUCCUGACAUAAAGGAUGCUCAGAUCAUCAACUGGCUGCAAGAAUUUCGGAGCUGUGUGACUCAGCUAACCAAGGACCAUGAGCAGCUCAUCUACACUGUGUUGAGGCUUCCGUGGGUGGGUCGGAGCCCGGCAGUGGUGGAGGAGUACAUGUCCUUCCUCAGCAACCUGGUCUCGGCGCAGACUGUCUACCUGUGCGCCUGCCUCAAGAUGGUGGUCUCCCACUUCACUCCCAAGAGAGUGACCAUCUGUGAAGGAGGAGUCGAUAUCUCGGAUACAGACGAUGAAGAUGAGAACCUCCCCAGAAACUUUGAUCAGUGUCACCAGGCGCUGCAGCUCAUCACCAGAUACGUUCCAUCCACAAGCCACUUUCUGAUGCCUAUUCUGCAAGAGAACUUCCCCUUCAUACAGAAAUCCUCCAGAAUGCUGGAGUGUUAUGUUCACAACCUCUUGAGGGUGACUGUAUACAUACCAUCAAUUCGACGAGACGUACUGGAGGUGAUCAUCGAAAGGAUGCUCAAACUGGAUGUGAGUGCAUCCCGGUCAGAAAUUGAGGAGGCAGAAGAGAAUGCAGUAUACAACCAUCAAGCAGAGGAGCGAACUGAGGAGGGCCUCUUCGACAUGGAUGAGGACAUGUCAGCUGAUCACCCCACCAGGACAGCGGUGAUGGCCCACCCGGUGGCUGAGAGGCUGGAUGCUCUCAUGGCCGUUCUGUUGGCUUAUAUCAAGGACUUCUCCCAUUUUAAUGGCUCUCUUCAUGUGGAAAGGACCAAGGAGCUGUACAGAGAUCUGUUGAGUGUGUUCGACAAGCUCAUUCUGCCAACACAUGCUUCCUGUCAUGUCCAGUACACACUUUUUUACCUCUGCAGCUUCAGACUGGCCUUGGCUGAGGCCUUUCUGGAUCACCUGUGGAAGAUCCUGCAGAGUCCCUCUCAGCCCGCUGUCCUCCGCCAGGCCAUCGCAGGGUACAUGGGGAGCUUCCUGGCCCGAGCCAAGUUCAUUCCAGUGCGCACUGUGCAGGCCUGCCUGGACCUGCUGGUCUCCUGGAUCCAUCGCUACAUUGACAGCCAGGACAGCAGUGACAGACAGGCUUGCUGUGACAUCAGCCUGCAUGGGCCCUUCUAUGCUGCCUGCCAGGCCGUCUUCUACACACUUAUCUUCAGACACAGAGCCAUGCUGGAGGGCAACAUGAAGAAAGGUCUGGAGUACCUGCAGAGUCUGAACCUGGAGCGGGUGGUUAUGUGUCAGAUGAACCCCCUCAAAGUCUGCCUGCCUUCAGUCACCAACAUGUUUGCUGCCAUCACCAGGAAGUAUCAGGUGGUGUUCUGCUACACCAUCAUAGAGAGGAACAACCGCCACAUGCUGCCGGUGGUCCGCAGCUCUGCUGGGGGAGACCGCGUGACCACCAACACCAACCCUCUGGACAGCUUCUUCCCCUUCGACUCCUACCUGCUCAAGAAGUCCGGUCAGCUGAUUGAGCCACUGUACCAGGUCUGGGAGGAACUAGCAGAUAUAGAGCUGCUUCCUGCCAAACCAUGCCGACAGGGCUCGAGGGAGGACGAGGAUGACUUCUUGUGCGGGGAGACGCCCCAGAACGAAGGCAUCAUGGGAAUGACACCCAACUCCUUUGACUCGAACCUCCGCAGCCCGAGCAGUGUGGGUUCACCUCCCGUCACCUUCCAGAGACCGUUCUAGUCCCUCGUCAUGGGGCUGUCCUGUUCUGAUGGACCCCCUGGUUUUGUUUCUGAGGAGCAGAGAGAGCUUCCACAUGGACACAAAUCUGCAGAGUGACUCUUCUCUGGAAAGUGCUACAACAGUUUAUUGUUUUUAAAGGAAUCAUGUGACUGCACAGUCUGAUUCUGACUUUUGAAUGGUUUAACACAGCUUCAGUGGAAGCUGCCGCCACAAGUCAAUGUUCUGACGAGGUGUCUCAGUUUGAACUGUACAGAGACUGUUUUAGAGAGGCCUUCAGCUUUUGUCUGUUUGUUCUAUUUAGGAGACAACUCAAGUUAAAUAGAGUAUAUUAUGUAUAUUGUGCAGUCAGUAAAAUAUUUUGGGGCAAUUGUAUUUGUUUAUUUGAGAAACUCAUUAUUCUACAGCAGACUACAUCACUUUCAAAGGCUUAUUUCUGAAAUCUGAGACUAACACCCAAGUCUUGAAUCUGUUCUUGGUCUGUCACGAUGAUUUUAAGCAAAUCUGAGACAUGUCCUCGCCUCACAGCGAGCUGUCCCAGACACUAUGAUAGCCAAACGCAGAAUGUGCUUGUAGUUUGAGACAGGAGAAAAGUGGCAAAAAGCAAUGAAAGGGUUACAACACACACACACACACACUGAUAUCAUUAAUGGAAUGAUGAUAGAGCAGACAAAACUUAGAUAAGAUACAUCAUAAAUGUGCUAAAUAAGCCAACGUAACAAACGAGAGAAAGCAGCAGCUCGACACAGUGCAGGGUGGAGAUGCUGUUGG